GCAGCCAACUAUGUGGAUAAAAAAAGAGGGAACAGAUGAAGUACAAAUUGAGUUAUGCUUCAUGAUUGACUCAGAGUACUGGUGGGAGCUGCGGCACAUCACGUGAAGAAACUUGUCACCAUAGACUGGUCCAGGAUGAGUUGGUGACAGACAUGGAGAAGUCAACACACGAGUUUGGUACCAAUACAGAUGAUGUGACUAUUGAUAAGGAAUGCUCAGUUGCCACCCAAUAUGACUGUGCUACGAGGGAAAAGGAAUUACAUGUAUAUAUUUGUAAUUUCUGCCAACAAAGCUUUCCUUCAAAAUACAGACUCACAAUGCAUGUGUUUAUACACAUUGAUGGCAUUCAACCACCUUUGUAUGUAUGUAAGUGGUGUGGUGAGGUAUUACACAGUGAUGUUAGUUUGAAAAAACAUUUGAAAAUGAGUGAGUAUUAUGUCUUAACUGCUGGCAACCAUGAAACAUAUGGCUAUAGUGAUAAGCAUGAAAGCAGCAUCUUCUUGAAUAGUGAUCCAGUAGUUUCUGUUGCAGAAUACAAUGAUCAGCCUUCAUAUAAGGAAACUAGGAAAGCUUCAAAGAAGUCCUCUGACAUGUGUAACACACAAACUGCAAAUUUUGCAGAGAAAACAAGUGAUUAUGGAAUUUCAUCUACAGCUGUUAAUAUCAGUGCCCAGGCUGAUCUACCUACUGCAAAAAGAACCAACAAAUGUGAUAUUUGUGGCAAAUUGUUCACUAGGUCAGGUGAUCUCAAGAGACAUGUAUUCAUACACAGCAGGAAAAGACCGCACAAAUGUGACAUACGUGACAAAUCGUAUGCCCAGUCAGUUCGUCUCAAGACACGCAUAUUAAUUCGCACUGGGAGGAAACCCCACAAACAUGAGAUUUCUGGGAAAUCUUAUGCUAGGGAUCUCAAAACACAAUCAUUAAUUCACACCGGGAAGAAACCCCACAAAUGCGAUAUUUGUGGGAAAUCUUUUACUACGGCAGGGAAUCUCAAGAAACACACAUUUAUUCAUACUGGAAAGCAACCUCAUAAAUGUGAGAUUUGUAUGAAAUCUUUUUCUAGGUCAAACGAUCUCAAGAAACACGCAUUCACGCACACCGGGGAAAGACCUCACAAAUGUGAUAUUUGUGGGAAAUCGUUUGCUUUCUCAAGCAACCUCAAGAGACAUGUAUUAAUUCACACAGGAAAGAAACCUCACAAAUGUGACAUAUGUGGGAAAUGUUUUGCUGCGUUAAGCAAUCUCAAGGCACACACAUGUUAAUUCACACUGGGAAGCAACCCCGCAAAUGCGAUAUCUGUGGGAAAUCUUUUGCUAUGGCAGGCAGUCUCAAGACACACUCCACAAUUCACUCUGGAAAGAAACCUCACAAAUGUGAGAUUUGUGGGAAGUGUUUUACUGUGUCAAGCAGUCUCAAGACACAUUUAUUAAUUCACACUGGGAAGAAACCCCACAAAUGUGAUAUUUGUGGGAAAUCUUUUCCUACUGCAGGCAGUCUCAAGACACAUUCACUAAUUCACUCUGGAAAUAAACCUCACAAAUGUGAGAUUUGUGAGAAAUGUUUUACUGUAUCAAGCAAUCUCAAGACACAUGUAUUAAUUCACACUGGGAAGAAACCUCACAAAUGCGAUAUUUGUGGAAAAUCUUUUGCCAGGGCAGGCAGUCUGAAGAGACACUCACUAAUUCACACUGGAAAGAAACCUAACAAAUGUGAGUUGUGGCAAGUCAUUUGCUAGAUCAGGUGAUCUCAGGACACAUGCAGUAGAACACAUUGGAAUGGGACCUCCCAAAUGUCAUAUGUGACAAGUUUCACUGAAUUGGGUACUCUCAAGACACAUGCAUUACUUCACAUCAGAAAGAAACUACAAGUAAGUGUUAGUUUAUACAAAUAGGUUUUCCUGGGUGGUGCCCUCAAGGCCUUUAAAAUAAUGGAUCUAGCAGAGGAACAAUAAGUUGCCAUGCCUGUGAAAUAACAUUAAAAUGUGGCAGAACUGUAAAACAAAAACGUGCAAUAGUGUGUAGUACAGAGUGGUAACAGGUAAUGUGACAAUAUAAAAAUCCAAAUCUGCAGCUUGAGAUGUCGAGAAAUUGUAUUGCUAAAUAAACGAGAAACAUAAAUCGAAUUUUUUUUGUCAUUAACGCUGCUGCUUUUUCCCCAUCGAUCUUGAGACAUGAAGAUUGUCAAUUGUGAUAAAUCCUUACCUUUGUCAGUAAUCAUAAGUAGCAUUCAAUAUUCAGUAGAAGCCCAAAGAAAUGUUAUGACUUGCUGCUUAUUAUUCCAAACAGUCAUCAUGUAGUACUUGUAACUCUGCAUUUUAGAAACAGUGGCAGCAACAGUGAAUGUGACAAUUACUCAGGUAUGUUUCCUGAAGAGAUUUCCUGUAUGUGUCAUUAAUAUUGUGUACAUUGUUUUGUUAGUACUAAUCCUGCAUUAGUAAACGUAACAACAGAUAUAGCAACCUGCUUAAUAGCAUGUUUGUCCACCUUUGGAACACAAUACAUCAACAGUUCUACAUGAUGUGGACUUGACAUGUCGUUUGCAUGUUUCUGAAUGUACAUUGCACCAGAUGUCUAUGCAAUUGUAUUCCAUACAUUCAGAUCAGGUAAAUGGUGUGGUCGAGGCAUCGGUGUUAGUUACCAUGCUACUCAAAUCACUGUGGAGUCAUUCUGCACAUGUGACAUGGACAGUUAUCAUGCUGAAAGAAGCUUUCACCAAUGGAGAACACAUCAGGCUUGAAAGAAUCUAUGCAGUUGCAACAAAUGUCACGUAGUCUGCAACUGUUAUGAUGCCUUCAAUUACUACUAGAUUUCCCAAAGGAGCCCAAGUGACUGCCCCAUAGCAUAACGGGUCCUCCAUCUGGUGCCAUUCACCUAGAUGAUAGCAUAUCUGAAUGUGACAACUGAUGUGGUGUAACAGGAAAUGUCAUCCAGCCUGACAUUUGCAUUGACUUUCAGUCCAGCCUGACAUUUGCAUUGACCUUCAGUCCAGCCUGAAUGAUCACUUGCCCACAGCAGUUGCAAUUGAACAUUUUGGUGGAUCAGUAUGGAAACAUACAGUGACCAUAUGUUGUGAGUUCCCAUGUUCAACAAUGUACAUUGAAUUGUGGGUUCAAAAAUGUGUAUGGCUGUUUUCCGUCAUUACAUAUGCCACAUAUUGCCAAAUUUCCAGCUUUACAGAACAGGCAAGCCUCUGACCUCCAUGAUUUGUGAAGUAUAGAUGUAUUACAUCUUUUCAUAAGGUUAUGGUUUUUAUCACCUUUCAGCCACUUUCCACAGACGUUCUCAACAGUAGCAUAGAUUCAGCCAAUGAGCUUCACCACUCUUGAGGCACUAGUUCCCAACUGCAAUGACAUUGUAACUUGCCCUUUGCUAAAGUCACUUACGUCAUCUUGUUUACAUGCUCGCAUCCCCUCUAAAACAAUACCUUGUUAAUCUCUGGUCUACUUAUAUACUUAUAAUCUGCUUACUGUAUCAUGUGCAUACAACAUGUGGCAUUCAUUCUCCUCAGAGGCAGUGUUCAUGACAUUUAUGCUCAUCAGUGUAUCUUCAGGUAAAUGGGUCAGGUGCGAAAAUGUGUAAUCUAACAUAUGCACUGUGCUUUUUGCCAUUUACACCAGUGCACAGUAGCUGUAUUUUUGUGAAAUUUUUGUUUCACAAAGCUCUGUAUAUGAUUCAGAGACGCUGUAGAUAAGUGUUAUGCACCAAAGCUCUUAAUUAUUUGUUCAGCAAUUAAUACUGUGAGAGUUCUACACGAAAUAAAAUAGGUAAACAAAUAUUAGGUGUUAUGAUUUGAUUCCAGUUAUUUCUAUACCAAGAACAACUCUCAGAAUGUGAGUACUAAAUAUUUCUUG